UAAAUCGUAAUCUCCGUUACGAUGUAGAAUAGUGAUAAUUUAUUCAUUUUUCAAGACAUCAGUUAAAAAUUUCAUGUAAUUUAUGGAAUGCCCAAUUCUAGGCAGAGGAGAGGGAAUCGUCCGUUUAAUUGGGAAGAUAUCCCACUUGUGAUGAAUUCAGAAGAAAGAGAUUUUGAAACUGACGAAACUGAUUAUCUUCUACAACCUCCUGAACAACACUACAUGGGAAGAAGACAUCGUAGUAGAAAUAACACGAUGCAACGCUGCAAGAAUUGCUUUCAUUUUUUGAUGUGUGGGUGAGUUAUCAAUAAAAAAUUGAUAUAUUUGUGUCAUGAAUUACUUUGUUUUUUGUGUUAUCUAGGUUAAGUUUUGAACUGAAGGUUUUGACUCAUCGACUAUCGAUUCAACUAUACUUAUUGACUAUCAAAAGUCGACUUGAACUUUUAUCGAUUUAAUAAAGAUUGGAUUACGUCAUAUUAUUGACAGGAUGGUUGAGCUCAAGUGCUGUGACAUACUAGCUUUAAAAUGUUAGUCAGUGUUCAUUUUUGUGUAAGUCAAAGUUAAAGGUGUUUAUUAUCAGAAAGUUAAUUAUUUUAAUAACAAAAAUUGCAUCUUUAAACUGCGAAGUUACCUUCAGACAAAUGGCGUCUUCGCCGUUAUGUUUGAUGGAGAUGACCUCUUCCACCACGACGCUGGUUAAGGAGGAUAUUCCUCUUAUUUCCAAACCUAAAGAAAGCAAUCUAUGCAUAAGGUGCUGUCAAUGGAUAUGGAGACGGUGCAGGCGAGAACAAGAGCUGAGGGCGCGCACCCUCACCAUUGGCCGACAAAGCUCCGAAAAAUUUCCAGCAAACGUCAUCCGCAACCAAAAGUACAACGUCAUCACAUUUCUUCCCAAAGUUCUUUUCCAACAGUUCAAGUUCUUCCUCAACUUGUACUUCCUUCUCAUGGCAAUGUCUCAGUUCAUUCCGGAACUACGUUUGGGAUAUCUUUAUACCUAUUGGGGGCCUCUGUGUUUUGUGCUGAUGGUGACAAUAUCUCGUGAGGCAGUGGAUGACUUCAGGAGACACCAGCGAGACAAUGAAGUGAACAGCCAGAAGUACAAGAGGUUGGUGCGUGCCAGGGAUGGAUCGGUCAUCACUGAACUCGUUCCCUCUUCCAAGCUGUGUGUUUGGAGAUCUUGUUCUGGUAGAGAAAGACCAGCGUGUGCCGGCCGAUUUAGUUCUGCUGCGCACUUCGGAGCACUCGGGCGCAUGUUUUGUGCGCACCGAUCAGCUGGACGGCGAGACCGACUGGAAGCUGCGGCUGGCUGUGCCGCACACGCAGAAGUUGGACUGUGAUGCGCGCCUCUUCGACAUUCAUGCCUCGCUUUUCGCCGAGAAGCCGCAGCGCGACAUUCACUCGUUUAUCGGCACCUUCACUAGGCACGACUCUGGAGCGGACGAGUCGCUGGACGUGGAGAACACGCUGUGGGCGAACUGUGUGCUGGCGUCGGGGUGUGCCCUGGGCGCUGUGGUCUACACCGGCCAGGAGACACGCUCGGUCAUGAACAACUCGCAGCCUCGCUCCAAGGUCGGCCUGCUCGACAUGGAGAUCAACCAGCUCACCAAGGUGCUGUUUGCUGCAGUGAUUGGACUGGCUUUCGUCAUGAUGUGCCUGAAAGGGUUCAGUGGCCCAUGGUAUCGUUAUAUGUUCCGCUUCGUUCUACUCUUCUCCUACAUCAUUCCUAUCAGUCUUCGCGUGAACCUGGACAUGGGCAAGGCGUUCUACUCGUGGUCGAUGCAGAGGGACGAGGAGAUGCCCGACACAGUCGUGCGCUGCACCACCAUCCCCGAGGAGCUCGGUCGCAUCUCCUAUCUGCUCACCGACAAGACCGGCACUCUCACUCAGAACUCCAUGGUCUUCAAGAAACUGCAUCUCGGCACUGUCUCCUAUGGUGCUGAGACUUUCGAUCAGGUGAAACAACAAGUGACCACCGCCUACGCAGGGGCGGCCUCCGACUCUGUGUCCCCAGGCGGUAGCAAGGCGACAGCGGGGGCGGCACAGCAGAAGAUCCGGCGCAGCGAGCACUCUCGGGUGCAGGAGGCGGUGAAGGCGGUGGCCCUCUGCCACAACGUGACCCCCGUCUGGGAGGCGGACGACGAGGGCUCGCUCCAUGACUGCCAGGGCGUCACCGUCGCUGCUGAGGAGUCCCAGUCCGAGGCCGACCAGCAUUACUACAACCGGACCAAUAGUCGCGUCACUUACCAGGCGAGCAGUCCAGACGAAGUGGCACUGGUGAAGUGGACCGAGGAGGUGGGGCUGGCCGUGAUCAAGCGAGACCUCGUGUCAAUGACCCUGCGCGCUCCCACCAACCACAUCAUGGAGUUCGCCGUGCUGCAGAUGUUCCCAUUCACAUCCGAGACCAAGCGCAUGGGCAUCAUUGUCAAGGAUGCGCAGUCGGGAGAGAUCACGUUCUACCUGAAGGGCGCGGACAUGGUGAUGGCGAGCAUUGUGCAGUACACCGACUGGCUGGACGAGGAGUGCGGCAACAUGGCCAGGGAGGGACUGCGCACGCUCGUCGUCGCCAAGAAGACGCUCACCGAGGAACAGUAUUUGGAUUUCGAGACGCGAUACAACGCGGCGCGCAUGAGCGUGUCAGACAGAGGCUCGCGGGUGGCGGCUGUCAUUGAGAGCUUGGAGCGGGAGAUGGAGCUGCUGUGUGUCACUGGCGUCGAGGACAGGCUGCAGGACAAGGUGCGGCCCACCCUCGAACUGCUCAGGAAUGCUGGCAUCAAGGUAUGGAUGUUGACUGGUGACAAAUUGGAAACGGCCUGCUGUAUAGCUAAGAGCUCGCGGCUGGUGAGUCGGACUCACGAGUUGUAUGUUUUCAGUCCGGUGGUCACGCGCACGGACGCUCAUCUGCAGAUCAACGCCUUCCGCAAGAAACAGGAUGCUGCACUUAUCAUCACCGGCGAUUCUCUUGAGGUGUGCCUGAACUUCUACCAGGCGGAGUUCCUGGAGCUGGCGUGCCGCAGCCCGGCAGUGGUGUGUUGCCGCUGCUCGCCCACUCAGAAGGCACAGGUGGUGCGACUCAUUCAGCAGCACACCAGCAAGCGGACGGCGGCCGUCGGUGACGGUGGCAAUGAUGUCAGCAUGAUUCAGGCUGCUGACACGGGAAUCGGAAUAGCCGGCCUGGAAGGUCGACAGGCGUCGUUGGCUGCCGACUUCUCCAUCUCGCAGUUCUCGCACCUGGCUCGGCUGCUGCUCGUGCAUGGCCGCUACUCCUACAAGAGGUCAGCCUCACUCUCACAGUUUGUCAUCCAUCGAGGUCUCAUCAUAUCCACCAUGCAGGCCAUAUUCUGCACGGUAUUCUACUUUGCAUCGGUGCCUCUCUACCAAGGCAUACUGAUGGUGGGCUACGCCACUGUCUACACCAUGUUCCCCGUCUUCUCUCUCGUGUUGGACCGAGACGUGUCCGACAAGAUCGUGCUCACCUAUCCCGAACUGUACAAGGAGCUCAGCAAGGGUCGGUCACUCUCAUUCAAGACCUUCUUCAUGUGGGUGCUCAUUAGUAUUUAUCAGGGUGGAGUGAUAAUGUACGGCGCCCUGGUGUUAUUCGAGGACGAAUUCAUCCACAUAGUGGCGAUCAGCUUCACGGCUCUCAUCCUGACGGAGCUGGUGAUGGUGGCGCUGACUGUGCGCACCUGGCACUACAUCAUCGUCCUCGCCGAACUCAUCUCACUUCUCAUCUACCUGCUGUCUCUUGUGCUGCUCAAGAGCACCUUUGAUGCAAAUUUUAUCCAAACAUCGGAUUUCCUGUGGAAGACGACGGCGAUCACUUUGGUCAGCUGCCUUCCGCUCUACAUACUCAAGUUUCUGCGCAAGAAGUUCUCACCACCCAGCUAUUCCAAACUCUCUUAAGCCUCACAUCAUCGCACUAUCUCACAAGUAUCUUCCAGUAUUGCAGUUGUGGAUGUGAUUGCGCUGUAACAUCAGUGUAGUUUGGAACUAUUUCCUUCUGAGUUGGAGUGAAUGGCUGUUGGCUGAAAUACUCCCAACAAAUGUGUAUUACUAUGUGAUGAAAUUAGAAUUCCAGUAAUGUAUCAGUGAAAAUGUAAGUUGAAGGACCUGAAUAAUUAUGAUGAGAAUAUUUAUAUUUUAUAAUAAAUUUAUGAUAAUUAACAUUCAAUGUUGUGAUAAUAUUUUAGUGUAAGAAUUAUAAUAUAUUUAACUGAUGCAUUUGUUCAUUUCAAUAAAACCAAAGCAGAGUAGUUAAACUGUGUUGUUUUUCAUCUGGGUUUGGAAUCCUUUUCAAAAUUAAAAUAGUUGAUCAUGAAGAAAUAGAAAGGAAUAUUUCUCUAUGGCUUGUCUUGAAAUCUUGUAUAGAUUGAAACAAGGGGUUUUGAAGCAAAUAAUCACAAAAAUACUAGUUAUCAUUAUUGUUUAUUUGACAUAAAAUAGUACAAGCUUAUUAUACAAAAGAAUAUUAAUUCAUUACUUUCAUAAUAUUCAAAAAGCUGAAUAUUCAUUUCACUAUCUUCUAAUAAAAUGCAAACUUAUCUUUUACAACCAAUGUGGUGUUCUCAGGUUAUAUAUAAAUCCCUAUUAAUGGAAACAUGAUAAAUUAUAAAUUUAUAAUAUGAUUAUAAAUUAUCUAUUGUGGUGCUCAUAAUCUGACUAGUGACUUAUAUAUUAAGAUUUUAUUUUACAUAUCAUCAAUUCUAAUAUAAUAAUCUCAAAGCUACAGUAAAAAUUAUCAUUACUAGAGCCAAUCAGGAAGGCAGCCCUUGACAAGAAUUAUCUAAAAAAAUCUUUGAAACAUUUCAUUUCAAGGUAGAAAUCUUUACUAAUAAACAACCAAUUCGUACUAUCUCCCUAUCAUUUGGAAUCAGUAAUACAGAAGGUGCUAAUAAAAGCAUUAUGACAAGAAUAAAUUACGUCAAUCAAUGAUAUUAUUUAAUCAUUAUGACAAGAUCAUGCCUACAAAAUGAAUUAGAUGUUGUUAUAACAUAUAAAAUUAUUGUUUCCGCAAAUAAUAUUUGUAGGAGAGAAUAACUCAGCUUACAUAAUUACUUUCUAUUUAAAAUAUUCUAAACAGCACAUUGAUACUGUUGUGAUUUUAAUUACUUGUCAAUAUCAAAAUACAUUUUUAUUUUUGGAUUUCAUAUUGUGUAAGUUUUUCUACAAUAUAUUAUUUUUUCCUAAUUAUAUUGGACAAUGGGCUCUUAAUAAGCCUUCCUUAUUAGCUCUAUAACUGAUAUUAUACUAGUUCAUACCAGUCCCUAGUAAAUCCUAACGACUUGAUAAACUGAAAUUAACUAUCCAAUAAAAUUCCAAAAACACUUACUGUACUAUUUUUAAACCUUGGAAGGUACCAAUUUUUUUCAAUUAUAAUAUUUCUAUUUGAAUUUAUUCUACGGUUGAUCAGAAGAGGAAACUUAUAUGAUCGCCAAACGCCAAAAAACUAACAUACUAAAUUAAUCUGUAAUCUAUGUUCAUUUCAAGACAAGUCUGCUAUAAUCGCAACAGGCAGUAAUCAUAUUUCAAUUACCAAUAAUAAGCACAAGGCACUGAAGCAUUUCAAUUCAUUUUUCUGAUAUGAGGAUUGCGUACUGUAGAACUUCAUUUCUCAAAUAGUUCUUAAGAAGUCGUACGUUGUUUAUUAUUUAUAAAAAUAAAUCUUUAUGUAGGAAAUUAGCACUCGGUUUUCUGAAGGUUUCAGAUAUCAAGGAAGAAAAGUAAUAACUUCAUAUUAUAUUGGAGCGAACAAUGUUUUGCCUUUCGUUUAUACAAGCAUAAAUCACAAUAAACAAUCAACAGUAUUACUUCUUCAAAAAUGAUGUAUUAUUGUGUACGGAAAAUACAUUUUGAUGCAAUCGAUUGUUUGCACUUGCAAUAUUUGAAAUCUCAAGGUUGGAGGUAUUUCCAUUCUAGUUAGAAUAGUCUGAUAUUAUUAAUUAUUUGAAAUUUUAUUCCUAAAAUCUCAGCAUAAUCGGAAUUUUAAAACCGCAUAAGGAGUUACGUUACGGUUUAGAGAUAGAAUCAGCUAUGAAAAUGGACGAGAAUAAUCAUUUUUAAAAAGUUCACUUCACUGUUGAUAUUUUGGUAAAAAAUUAUUUUCUUCAAGUGAAUAACUUUUUUGGUAACAUCGCAAUGGGUAAAACCUUUUGAUUUCAUUUUAAAAAUAAUCUAUUGUUACAUUGAUAAAAACAGCCAAAUUAUAUUUUAGGAAUAUUAAUUUCUUGAAAGUUGACCAGUAAUAGAAGGUUUAAUAGAUUGAAUAUAUCCAACAAUUGAAAAAUUAUCGAAAUAAUUGUUGAAUAUGUUUUGCUAGACUACUAAAAAAAUCACUCUUAUAAUUUGUUAUUUCAGAGCUAUCCAAUUUAACUGAUCUCUUUCUACCUUGAUAUUAUUUUAUGGCCUAUUUAUAUUAUUUUAUAUUUCUCAGUUCUAUUUUGGCCUAGAAAAAUUCGUAAUCUGUUGAACUUCUUCCAGCCAUUAUAGGUUAUAGAAUGCUACAAAAAUUGAAAUCAAGUGAUUAUUAUUUAUAAACGAAUAAUUGAAAAGUACUACUUUAUGGAAAUAUCAAGCUAAGGUAAGUUUUGAGAGAGAUGCUAUAAUUAAGAUCGUAGAUGAAAUGAUUUAUCAUAUACAUAUUUUUUAUCUAAACAUCUAGAUAACAGGAAUAGGUGAAAAAAGAUUAGAAUUUGAAAAAAAUCGUCAGUAAAUUUUUGAUAAAAGUAAUCUUACGAGAGAAAAAGAAUAAAAUACGGACAUGAAGACUAUAAAAUUGUUUGAAUUAUGCUUCUAAAUUUUGCAUAAAUUUUCAAGUUUAAAAUUCGAUCGAUCAUAAUUAUUGAGAUUAAUAUAAAAACAUUCACUCUAGAACUGCCCAUAUCUCUAAAAAAUACUACAUGACAAAUUCUUUUAAAAUUUAACACGCUAAAGUGGAUAAAUCAUUAACAAGUGCAAUCAAGUUAAUAUUAUAAAACUGAUAAAUCAUGAAAUUCUUUUUAUACUUCAUCCACUUUCUAAUAACGCUUAAAUAUUUGACACAGUAUUUAUCAAACCUCAAUGAAACGACUUCUACUAUUUACUAAAUAAUAUUAUUCUUCAUUAGAAGGUUUUUAAAAUUAAUUGUUAUAACUAAACAAAUACGUUAAUACUUUGAGAAAUCAGGGAAUAUGGAGUGAAAUCUUAACAAGUCUAAAAUAUAAAAUUAUUACGUAUAAGUAGUGCUACACUAGAAGUACCGCCUAGAAAUGUUUAUUCUUUUUUAAUUUUUCUUCUCUAGAAAGAAAAAAUCUCUUUAUAAUCAGCUCAAAGUUUUUUGAGUUAUCUUUAUUGUCACACAAAAGUACCGUACUGAUUUCUUUUUACCCAAAAACUAUAUUUAAGUUAUUAUAUUAUCUAAUUCGUACAGUACAAAUAACACCUUCAAAAUAAUGUGAUCAGGUUUAAAUAAUACAGAAAACAAAUUUUUGCAGUAGAAAAAUUCUUUGUUAUUAUUGAGAAACACUGAAAUAUAUAAAUUGAUGAAAAAAAUAUACAUAUAACUGGGAAUAGUACAACUGGGUUGUGAAUAUGACUAGUGUUGUAGAAAAAGCUAUAGAAAAGUUAGUGUGGGAAUACGUAUUCCUAUUUAUACUGCAAAGACAGUUUCCAUAAACCAUUAAAUGGU